CAUUAAUGGAUAAAUUAGAUAUUCGUACAUUAUUUUAUUUUGAGGAAACUUGUUUUAUUUAUAUUGUGAAUUGCCUGUUAAACCUAAUUAUCUACCACUCUACGGGAAGUAUUCCUCUCAUGUUGAGAAUAAAUGAAUUAUUCAAGUGAAAAGUCGAGUCCUGGGUUUGAUGCCGAUGAUGGUGUGGAAGUGAAAGAGGAUUUACCGAAGAAGGUCCGAGCAGAGGAUGUUUGUACAAUAUCAAGCGUUCCACCACCACAUCCUCUUCCUUAUGCUGUCUACGAUUCCAUGAUGAUGUCAUAUAGUAUGUGGCGGUCCUAUGGGUUUGUACCGCAUUCUUGGCCUAAUGCACCUCUCCUUACCAGGGAUGGCAAGCCAUUACCGCCUCCUCCACCAGCAUUUGUUAGGGACAGCGUACCAGCGCAACUCCCAGCUUACCUUAGCCAAGGUCCACCAGUGCUUGCUGAUCCUGGGCGAGUGGUGCCUCUUUCAGACUCUCAGAAGUUUGAACGCCAUUUCCAGCCCAAUGUUGCUCUGGCUCCCCCAAAAAUGAGAGAUAAGGCAGCUCGAGAGAGUCUCUGUAACAAAGAUAUCUCUUCGAGUAGACUUAUCCACGAUGUGCAUAAUGAAAAGAUUGCACUUUUGUCUCUUGAGAGAAAUGAAGCAGAGUGCAUCAAGCAAGAAAAUUCUCCUGCAUUGCCAGGAGUAACCCUGUCAUCACCCAUCUCCUCACCAGGAGAUAGAUCUACAAAUCAACACUACCACCAGCAGGCAAGAAAAGUUUGCAGCCCAGAUACAAGUGGUCACCAUCCAGAAUUAGAAUUAUCAACUACAGAUUCUGACACAGAUUCAGUUGCAUCACUUGGCAAUCGUAGCGAAACCGUUGAGGAAGCAGAGGCUCUUCUACGAGGAUGGAGUGAUAGAGUAGCAGCUAAUCAAGUUAGUAAAUUAAUAGCAGGCCUGGUUUCACAAUUGGCUGCUCAAGAUCGUCAGAUUGCAGCCUUGAAGCAGCGUAAAGAUAUACAGAUACGAGAUCACAGCCAAACAUUAACUACCAUGCGAAAUCAGUCUUUGACAGCAGCGCAUGACAAGAAGGUUCAAGAACAGUUGCGAGAAAAAAUUAGUGUGAUGGAGGGCGACAUCCGAGCAUCUAGAGGUGAACUUUGUCCACACCCUCCUUUAUCUGUGAUAACUCUUACAACUCCUCUCAAAACUGAGCACGGCAAUGUUGCUAUAAAGACUGAGCCCAUCGAUGUUACCGACACGUGUUAGGCCGCUGCUGCUGAGCACUGGCUCGUGCUGUCCCCAGUACCGCAGAGAUGGUUGCAGUACAAAUGUGGCGCUGAUGUGCCGCCCAGGUUGCUUGCUGCUCAUGCUGCUGCUGUGCACCUGGGCCUAGGCUGCUGCUGCGGACCCGCAGUCACUAAUUCUGUGGCUGCGGGUGGCUAUCCCUCCACCAAUUGUGUGCCAUGGGCUACUGGGUGGGGUGGAGGCCGCGCCAUGAUCUCAGCCCGUACUCACUGCACGGGUCUUACUUGGUGCUACGCCACAGCCAUGUGUCAGAUGGUGCCACUAGCGUACAUGGUGCUCAUGUCCUGAGGUGUUUAGCCCCUUUUGGUGUACAGAGGUUAUGUGGCACCAUCCUGGCACUAGGACGCUCUGGGGGCCCUGGGAAAAAACCGUUAUAUCCUAGGGCCCAGGUAAAGCAAGUACAAAUGCAUAAGUUAACGAAUCUGCUUUGUUGGGAAGGUUAAGUAUAAAAAAAUUUUAAAGAUUAUAUAAAUGGCUUACUAUAGUAAGUGAAUCGCCUGUGAGUAGUGGUAGUGUGUUUCCAGGAUAGGUCCCCAAAAGGCCUGGUACACUCAAAUCCUGCUGCCACCUUUAUAACCAUGCACGCCUGCAUCAACCUAAUGAUGAUCAUACCCGCAUCAGCUGUGCAGUGCUGAAUCAAGUCAGAUGUGCUUUCAAGCAUCUCAUGUUGGUGGAGCACCAGCUUAGCGCCAUGACCAGAGACCCACAAAAGUUCGGCAGGCUGCCCUUAAAAAAUUGUUGCCACUUGAGAGAUUUAUAGUUAUACCAAUGAGGGUCUCGUGUCUUGGCGCCAACUUUGGUUGCUUAUUUGUGUUCAUCUAUGUAACUAGUUAAUUCUUGUGUAACGAUUAAAUCUUACACUGUUAUUUAUAAUUCUCUACUAUGCUAGUACACGUGCAACCGUCUGUGUGUAUGUGCGUGUGUGUGGACAUAGGAGUGCCAAGCUCCUUUAUACUUCACCACACCACUUUGACCUGGCGGUCCGUGCCAAGUUCAUCUUGCCCCCUAACUUACCCGUCAUUUGUUUGUAAUAAAUACAUAAGGUUAUUUAGGUGACUCAUCAAGCAAAGCUUGGUCUAGGAUUUUAUUAUUUUUGGUAGAAUUGUCCCUCGUGUAAUCAUGGCGGUUGUGUUGGAGCCGCCGUGGACCAUUGUGUUGUAGCUGCCAGUGUACACUGCCUGUCAGCCACACAUCAUGUAUCCUCUGCAAGGUGUUCAUGUGAGUGACAGGUGGGCAGCAUAACGUGAGGUGAGUCCGCCACUAAACAGCAUGGAAGAUUACGUUGGACAUGUAAUGUCUGUGGCAUGAGAUGCCCAUUAGGCUCUGAGCCUUGCGUAUGUCUUCAUCAUGCUAUUCACUCUCACUGCCUGGUGCUAUCACCACCAACAAGCCAGGUAUGCUAACUGCGGCACACUUAAAACACAUCCCAGUCAGUCUCGCAGUUGUGACACUCCAGAAACUUAAAAUUUGUUUGUUAUACUCAAUGGGUGGCACUCUAAAAUAAACUUAAAAUUGUC